CAGCGGCUGCGGCGAAAGAGAAGGAUUUGGCGGCAGGCCCCGCCCACUUCCUCCGUCCAACCAACCAGCGCCGGCCCCUGUUGCUGAGGCGGGAAGGAAAAGGAGGAGGAGGAGGAGAUGGUGGCGGACGGCGCCCGUGCUCUGGCUGUUCCCCUCUCAGGAGGGAUCCGGCGGCCAGAGGUGAGGCCCUGCGGGAGGCGCGGCGGGGAAGGGGAAGAGGGGCGACCCUAUUUGCGCCCGUGACAGGGUCUAGGGGGGGACGUGGGGCGGGAGGGUGGAAGUCAGGGCCGGCCCACCCGUGAGGCGAAGGUGAGGCGAGCGCCUCAGGCGGCAGAAUCCACAGGGGCAGCGGGUCCUGGUGUCGCUCUCCACUCCCGCCUCCUUCCCUGGCGGGUGGAUGGGGGUGUCGUUUCGGUGCGGGCCUAGGCAAACUUCGGCCCUCCAGACAGUGAUUCUCAACCUGUGGGUCCCCAGAUGUUGUUGGACUACAACUCCCAUCAUUCCUAGCCAGCAUGACCAGUGGUCAGGGAUGAUGGGAGUUGUAGUCCAACAACAUCUGGGGACCUGCAGGUUGAGAACUGCGGCCUCCAGAUGUUUUGGCCUACAGCUCACAUGAUCCCUAGCUUACAGGACCAGCGGUCAGGGAUGAUGGGAAUUGUAGUCCAGAACAUCUGGAGGGCCGAAGGUUGCCUAUGCCUGUUUUAGUGGUUCGACUCAGGGGCUGUCUUGGGCCAGCCCUGGUAAUCACAUAUCCUUUGCUACUCCCCUCAUAUAUCUAUUUCUUUAUUCAUUGAUUCAUUUGCUUCUUACAUUUUUAUACCACCUCUCCAAGGAGCUCCAGGGUGGUGUACGUGGCCCACCAACAAUCUCAUUUAACAUUGUCUACUAGCGAUACACAGGACGCGGGUGGCGCUGUGGGUUAAACCACAGAGCCUAGGACUUGCUGAUCAGAAGGUCGGCGGUUUGAAUCCCCGAGACGGGGUGAGCUCCCGUUGCUCGGUCCCUGCUGCUGCAAACCUAGCAGUUCGAAAGCACAUCAAAGUGCAAAUAGAUAAAUAGGUACCGCUCCGGCGGGAAGGUAAACGGCAUUUCCGUGCGCUGCUCUGGUUUGCCAGAAGCAGCUUAGUCAUGCUGGCCACAUGACCCAGAACCUGUCUGCGGACAAACGCCGGCUCCCUCGGCCAGUAAAGCGAGAUGAGCGCCGCAACCCCAGAGUCGGCCACGACUGGACCUAAUGGUCAGGGGUCCCUUUACCUUUACCUUACUAGCGAUGCACAGCAAAGCAUCUUGCCGCCAGCCUGAUAAAAAUAUAAAUCUGGCACAGUGAAUAAAUUGGCCUGUGUUUCAAACUACAGUCUUUGAGCAGGUGGAUUUGCGUUUAAAUGAGCCAUGGCCUUCCAAUGACUUGUGGAUUGCUAAUCUCUCACACGGCGUACCUGUCAUUCCAAAGGGUGGCUUUGUAUUACUGCCUUCUCUCCUCCAAGAAAAGAAAGGAAAAGUAGGGGAGUGUCUUCAUUGGGGCUGUAUGAAGAAAGCAAAAGUAAGCGAGCUUUGUGUUCGUUAAAACUCUUCGUUUGAGUUAUGAAUGAGACGUUAAAAAGGAAUAAAAGCUGUUGUUUGCCAGAUGGGAAAAAAAAAUCCCAGAAUGUAGUUUAAUAAUAAGAUGGAAUGAGGGAACUGCUAAUGCAGAUUUAGCUGGGCUGGAGAACGCUUGGUGUAUAAGAUUAUAGGCAGAAGCAUAGCUGCUCUCCCUUUGAAAAUGUGACAGUCAACAGUUAACUGGAUUGUGUCUCUAGUUCUAGCUGGGACACUCAGGUAACCCAUGAGGCAGAAAACACAAAGUGAAAUAAAGAACUGGUUUAGUACCCUCUAGCCACUAGAUGACACUACCCAAAUUCAGCUUCUGUUGAUUUUAUAUCUAAUUCUACCACCUAAAAUUAAUCUCCUUCGGUAAUACAGUGCAUCAGCAACCACAUUUGUUGUUCACUUUCACCUCUGCAUUACAUGGGACCUGUGGGCUAGAGAGAAAAUUAAAAACCUACUUGUUUUAUUAUCUCAAUAAAGGUAUUAUACAACUGUUACUUUUGAUUUUGUUUUUUUUUAUGGGACUAGCAUGGGUGCAGCAAUUUGAGUCUACUUCUAAUAGGACAGACAUGGUACUUCAGUAAUUUUGACUUUUGGGCCAGCUGCCACAAGUCACUUUCAAGUCUUUCAGAUUCCUAAGAAUGUAGGAAACUGCCUUACACCAUCAUACCAUUGGUUCCUCUAGGUACUAGCUCAGUAUUGUACUGUACUGUAUUGUUUCUUAUGAAUGUUAAAAGGAUAGAAAACAGAAAAGAGCUCUUUUCACAUAGAAACUACAUUCUAGCCAGACAUAGAGAACAGAAUAGUUAAUUUAUGUCCCUUCCAAGUUCAUUCUGUAUGUACAAUAGCUCUUGCAGGUUUCUGGGGAGUUACUGCAGUAAUAGAGCCUUGUACUUUAUAGCUAUUUCACAAUAGUCUGAAAACUACAAUUCCCAUAAUACUUUCACAUACUGGUAUUCCAGUGACAUCAGUCACAGCUGAGGCUGGCUGUAAAGGAAGAAGGCCAAAAAGGUAAGCUCGGAGUUUCUCUUGUUUUUGCAAAGGCAGACAGAGCCUUUGGUAUUCUGAAAUCUUUGUGGGGAGGCAUAUCACUUCAGAUCAGUCCAAAUAGGAAUUUAUGUUUGGAAAAUGCAUUGUGGCUUUAUAGUACCAUCAGGCUUCCUGUGGGUUGGUUGUGUGCAGAUUAAAUGUGGUUCUUAGAGCAUAUGAGUACAGUACUUGACAAUGCUGUUAGUUUUUCUUCUGAAUCUGUGUCAGUGUUUAGACCCAACCCUGCAUUCUCCUUGCUUUGUUUAUCCUGCUUCUCCAGUGGGUGGAGAAGAAACACAAUAGCCUGGCAACAGUUUCUGUAUCUGAGUAGUAACGGAGUUGUCAUGUCUAAGCGUCACAUAGCAGCACUGAGGGCAGUUGGACAAGGUGCGAUGUAACACAGUAUAGCUGUUAGAUUGUAUUUUGCACCAGAGCUGAAUGUAUGUAAAGCCUGUGCCUGACUUUCUGUCUCGGGUUUGUGUUCAUGAAAAGGUGUAUAUGCAAGAAGCAACUACUGUAAUAUAAACCCUGUGCAGGUUUGUUUGGACAUUUAAGUGGGGUGGGGAAUUUAAUUUCUACCCCUUCCUACACUUUGAAUUUGGGGAGGGAAGGUGUAAAAUUUAAAAAGUAACUUCUGCAAAGUUGCAUUUAAAUAAGCUGAAUUUGCUGUACGGUUAGAAAGGUGGUGGUGUUGUCAUGUCUCUAAACAGGGAGUUUUUGAGUUUCUUUACUCAAAAUGCUGAAGACAUGAGAGAUUAAAUGUCAAGGGGUAUGUUAACCAGAUACUUGAAACCACUUUUGAGUGGGGAAGUGAUGUGGCUUUUCUGGAAAACUUUUAAUGUGAAAAGUUUGCAAUGCCCUAAAUAGAUUUGGCUCUAAAUUAGCAUGUUUGACUAUUUUUUAUAAAAUUAAAAAUAUACACUAUGUCAGUUUUAUAUGUCUUAUAAUUUCUAUUUUUUUCCCAAGUAGCUGCAAGUAUUUGAACUGAAAUUUUGAUUUUGCUCCCUGCUCAAAUAAACUGCACUUAUGGCACAAUCCUAGACAUGUCUACUCAGAAGUAAGAACUGUUGAGUUCAAUGGACCUUACUCUCAGGUAUGUGUGUAUAGGAUUGCAGCAUGAAUGUUGCUUCAUCUUCCCAAAAUACUCAAACGAAUUCAAAGCUUUAUUUGAAAUUAUUUUUAAAGGAAUGCUUGUAGAUAUUUUAAGGCCAUGAUAACUUAACAACAUAUGUUCUAAGAAAUUCCAAGAGGGAAAGUUAAAACACUGAAAACUGUUAACAUACUAAUUUUAACAUGCCCAAAUAAUUUUGCAUUUAUAUUUAUCAUAUAGGCGCCCAUGGUUCCUGUAUGAUUUCAAAACUGCCCAAUUUGACUACCAUUAUAUCCAUCCAUAAAACUCGUAUUUGGAAGCAGAAAAUUUUCUGUCUGCCUCAGUGGAGUGUGGAGAGAAAGGUUGCAGUUUGCUAAUACAGGAAAGUAAUAUAAGUUUUAAAACCUGGCCUGUGCAUCCCCAAUCUGUCUCUCUUACUCAGCAGCAGAUACAGACCCUUUUAGGCCAUGUCAAGAGGCUUCCUGGUCAAAGAGAUGGUGCUCCUAUAUAGAUAAUAGCAAUAUCUAGUUACCACCUAAGUAUGGUCCUUAGAAUAACAAAGUAAUAAUAAUAAUAAUUUAUCAUUUCUACCCUGCCCAUCUGGCUGGGUUUCCCCAGCCACUCUGGGCGGCUUCUAACAAAAGAUUAAAAAUACAUUAACAAAGUUUUGUGUCAGAGGGUCCCCCUUUUUGACCUGGAGGGUAGAAGGACAAGAGCCAGAGUUGAGUGUGUGAGAACUGGGCUAGAAGCAGGCUACUGGCAGAAGCCAGAAAAUGAGAGUCGUGUUUGAUGUCUGCUUGAUUCCAAGACUGUGACUAUGGGAGAAGCAAGGUCUCCUGGGAUGUUAAUGCUGUGAGCCCCUGCAUCGUAGACUCAGGUUGCAAGCCAUACAGCCUAAAGACACCACAGUCUGCUGUUCCUCAUUCCAAGUAAACCAAACCUUGGGUAGGAGCCUGGAACCCCUGGAAUCGCUUGGAGAUUGGGGUGGUGUGGAACAAUAUAUUCCGAGAUUUGCGUAAGGAUAUUGUCACACUGCAGUUCGCUUAGCCAUAGACCGCUGACAUUGGGAACUGCAGCUCAAUGAUAGCUCACUCUCUCAAAAAAAGAAAGAAUAAAAGAAACCUUCAGCAGCAGAGGGUGAAGAGGAAAGAAGUGGCAAGUCAGGCAAGCUACUUCAGUGUAAAUAGAGGGAGUGGUGGUUUGGUGAGCUGUGAUAGGAGGGGGCAGGGGGUGAGCUGUAAGGGGAACAGGACUUGGUGAAGUUUAAGAGGUCGGUGGGUGGGUAGGUAGGUGUCAGUGAACAAUGCAAGUACAGUGGUACCUCGGGUUAAGUACUUAAUUCGUUCUGGAGGCCCGUACUUAACCUGAAACUGUUCUUAACCUGAAGCACCACUUUAGCUAAUGGGGCCUCCUGCUGCUGCGCCGCCGUCGUAGCAUGAUUUCUGUUCUCAUCCUGAAGCAAAGUUCUUAACCUGAAGCACUAUUUCUGGGUUAGCGGAGUAUGUAACCUGAAGCGUAUGUAACCCGAGAUACCACUGUAGAGGCAUUGCCACCAGGAAAAUACAUAAAUAUGAAGCUAACAAUAUAAUAAAAGAAAAGAGUUUAAUUGAAGUAGAUAAGUGAUAUAAAUUUGAAGAAAGGAAGAAGAAAUAGAUGACUUACCAUUGGCAAGGUACAAAGUUACGAUGCAGAACUUUUCAGCACCACUUCAGCUGCACUGUGUUGCUGUACUGUAUUGGGAAAAUGAAGGUAGCCAUAUUGAUUCUCUUGCGGGGCAAAAGGGAAAUGGAGGGAUUCGGUUUUAGUCCCCAAAAGACCACAAAGGGAAGGGGUAUAAGACAUGUUGGCCCUGCACUUUGAUUUGUAGCCUAUGCAACUGCAUUGUGUGUGUGUGUAAAAAGUAAAAAGGCUGGGACAAGCUCCACACAGCCAGGCAUCACACGUAAUUUAGUCUUUAAUCUGCUAGUCUGCAGACUUUAGUACAGCAUUUCACAGAUUGUUUUGGAAUUCAAGGUGCAUAUUUAGCAGCAAGUAUUUGUACCUGUCAAGGAAUGUUUCUUACUGGGUUGGAAAGCAACUGAGCCUUAGAAAGGAGGACAAUAGUAUAUUGAAUGUUUUCUCAUUUUUUUGUUCAACUUUUGCAGAUUUUUUUCAUCAAAAUAUUGGGGAGAAUGCCACUUCACUUUUAAUUAUGUUUAGCUUUAUUAAAUGUUUUGCAAGCUACUAUUAACUGUAAUGCUGGAUUAUUUUUGAACAGGUGAGACCUGUGGUUAAGACUUCAAACCUCUGUCUGUUUGGAAAUGCUACUCAUUUUAGAAACAAGAAUCCGCACACUGAAAAUGAGGAUAUGGUUAAGCAAAGCACCACAUUCAGUCAUUAUGAGCCACAGGUGAGUCCACAGCAAAUAGAAUUUUAUUAGGAAUCAUUCGCCCUCCUGGCAAAUGCAGGGUGUGUUGUGUGUAUGUGUGUAGCAGUUUGGAAAUGAAGCAGGACUAUCCCAGAAGAGUGUGGUAGUAUAGACAUGCUCUGAUACUUGCUAGGUAUAGAUGUAUAAAGGCUUGCAAAUCAGCCUUGUGCUUAUUUAGUUGCCUGGUCAUUGUCGGCCACAAGGAAUUCAUGCAGGCAAGUAAACAGGUUGGUGGAAGAGGCACAGGCCAUUAUGUCCCUCUUCCUCCACCAGUCUGCUUUGUUUCCAUGUCAGAUCCCGAAGGAGCCAGCAGUGAAAUGCAGUAGGCUGACUAAAGAGGAAAUGAUAAUUCUCUCUGUCCUAUGCCACUCACUGGGUGUGUUGGCCACUGAGGAAGUCAAAUCAUUCAUGCCUAACAUGGAAGCCAAGCAAGGAAACUCCUCAAGUAUAGUGCUGGCAGAUAAACCUGAGCCCCCUAAAAUUACUUAGUGUAGCAGAGGAAAUGCCUUGCCCCUCCAGCACCCUCAGACCUAACUACAAGGCUACUGUUCUUGAACAUCUGGAAUUCUGAAGAGGAACAUACUUCUUUAGGAGAAUGAGGUAGGCUGCAACCUUUAGUUGCAGGCCCUAUUUGUUCAUUCUUAGGGUAUAUUUUUAUUUUCACUCUAACUCAGGGGUGUGGGGUUGGAUCCAGCUGGUGGGCCAGGUCUGGAACUGGCUCACUCUGCAUUCCAGCUUGACAAGUGAGUAGGACCACUCACCUGUUAUUCACUUGGUGUCAUAGGAUGGGUGUCUGAUGACUUGGUUUCACUCGCAGCAACUGAAAAUGAUGAAUUGGGAAUGCACCAAGUGCUUUUCUGAUUAUUUCCUUCAGCUUGAAUCCAUUGGUUUUUUGAGUUUGCCACCUUUUUCUGUCUUGGAGGCGGGGGCAGCAGAAAAAGGAAGACUUGGGAGUGAACUUAAAGUGUGCUCCUAAUUCUAUUGCACUUUAGUACCACAGAUUCACCAGUCUAGUGCCUGGUAUCAGGUAAUCAACAGGUGAGAGUGGUUUUUUUUGAAAACCACAUUGGGGAAACCUAAUUAGGCCUGCAGCCUAGAGGUUCUCUUCUGCCCAAAUGCAUUUUGCAGGCUCUCCCUAAACAGUAAGAAGUCAUUCUUGGCAAAAAUCAAGUAAAUUUUACUUUGCUUCAUUUCAUGCAAUUCAACAUCUUAACUCUGCUGGACGUUUUACAUGAAGCAUAAAUGCAGUCCUGUUUACCAACUGGUUAUUUAUUGUGGUUUGCACAGAGUACUCUGUAUUCUCUGACAAUAGGGUAAGACAGGGUAGGGACAGCAUUACAUGUUCCCCCUUUUUAAGCAUUUUAGUCACACUCUCUUGAACAAUGGUAGCUUUGUAGAGAAUGCAGUACUAAUCUUAAAUAUUGUCUUGGGAGGGAGGGCUGUGUUGACCUGACAUCCUCCCUGUGCCCACUGGUGAAUAUAGUCUUCCUCUGGGUCUCAUUUGUGCUCUAUUACUUUCUUUCUGUUGUUGCUCAGAAGACUCCCAUAUGUGCAGUUAAUAGCUCUGUAGGAACAUGCAUGCUUUACCAAAAUGUGGUGUGAGUGUUGAUCUGUGAGUACACUUCUAAAGCAAGGCAUUGCAUGUCAUAACUGCUAGUACUUGUACCUUUUCACCAUGCUUCAUUAUUGUAAAACAGUAAUGUGGAGGAGCCAGUGUGGUGUAGUGGUUAAGAGCGGUAGUCUCGUAAUCUGGUGAACCGGGUUCGCGUCUCCACUCCUCCACAUGCGGCUGCUGGGUGACCUUGGGCCAGUCACACUUCUUUGAAGUAUCUCAGCCCCACUCACCUCACAGAGUGUUUAUUGUGGGGGAGGAAGGGAAAGGAGAAUGUUAGCUGCUUUGAGACUCCUUCGGGUAGGGAUAAAGCGGGAUAUCAAAUCCAAACUCUUCUAAUGACAAGAAUAACUUUCUUUUGUUUCAUUUUCUAAUAUCAAAAGGGAAGGCAACAAAGUGAGCUUGUCUGGUUAUUUGGCCUGUAAAAAGCUAUUUCCCCUUAGAAUGUCUCCCUCUUGAAUUUCAACUCAGGUAAACCGCACUAAGCAAGAAAUGGACACACAGCUCUUCUCUCCUUUGUUUGGAGGAAUAACUAACACACCGUCCACUGUGGAGUCUCCCCAGUUUUACAGUAGCUGGUCAACAUGUGGAGAUGAUGCCAAUGUUAUUGCCCCAUUACAUGGCUGCACCAAAAAAAGGUAUGAAGUGAUUGCCACCUUGUGGUUCUUUCUAGAAAUCUACAAAUGGAUUGAUAGAGGGCUGGUCCGCACUUGUGCUUGUCCUGUGCCUAGAAAGCACUGAUCUGAGCAGUUUCCCCUUGCCCUGCUCCUUUCCCAGGAAAAUCUCAAAUUGCUGUUUGCUCCAAUUGAGCUUCUAAAGGGAAAGUAGUGGGACAAGAAGUAUGGAUGAACUCCGGGUACAUCCCCACACUUCCCCUGCCUUCCUAUGCUACUGGGUACACCUUUCAGCAAAGGUUUAUAUACUACUCUUCCUUAACACUACUUAAUUGUUUGCGGUGAAGAUACUGUUACAGAAUAAAACUUCUUUCUCCUGUAAUGUAUGGCCUACUUUGUUGCAGUUGUAGUUCGGACAGUGCAUGACGAUACAGCUUAAUGCAGUAAAUAGAGUGACUUAGGAAACAUAUCCUCUCCAUUUAAUCCCUUAUAUUUAGACUUCUCCCCUUUUUGCAGUAGUUGCAUGUCUCACAAGUUUGCUGUGAGCAAUAUUUUGAUAUAAGUGAUACAGUGAAGGUACCUAUUUCCAUGUGCUGUUCGGAUGAAUCAAGUCUCCUUGCUUGAUGUUUGUAUCCCAGUUUUAAUAUUGCUUGGUGACAUUGUUAAAAUGCCAUAUUAAAGCAAUUAGCAGGAGCUAUAUUGGCUUUUUGCCUAAUGAAGUAAUAAGUUGGAGAGAAGCCAGGUUAAGAAGAGGGUUCAUUUUAAUUUUACCAGGUUGCAAGUUUUCAUAGUACACUGUGCACAAUGCUCACUGUUGCUUCCUUUUCUGUCUUUUUUCAUUUACUGAUAUUUUCUGUAAUAUCUGUAUUUUGUCUCUUGCUCCAAAGCUCUGCUGUCGAACUGGCGCUGAAUUUACUUCACAAUGUCUUGCUUCGGCUUGUUUGCUUAUGAAAUGAUUGCAAGCUCUAAUUUGCUGAUUUUGGUCUGGUUUUCUUUCGCUUCUUUCCAUUUUUUUUGCAUUUUUUAAAAUCAAGAUUACUCUAUGGCUUGUUUGGCUCAGAAUUUCUGCACAUACCCUUUCUUCGUUCAUGUCAUUUGGGAGUGUGAUUAUGCUGGGAUUAGUAUGCAUAAGAUUAAAAACAGAACAAGAUUCUUUAUUUGGUCAUGUUCUCUCCUGCUUUAAAAGUGGUGGGAAGAUACAAUGGAAGACAGUUAUCUUGUCCUGUUUUAGUUACAUUCUCAAAUCUCAUCCUAUAACCUCACUGCUACACACAGUGUUUCUUAUUUCCCAUGCAUUAGUGGCUCUCUGAUCUUCUUGAUAAGGUCAAGCGGAGUAAUACUUGAGCUUUUUCGUAUCUGAGGUGCUUAUUAAUUUCAGUAAAUAUUGCUUCUCAGUUUCCCAAAUGCUUUUAUUAAUUAUUUAUUCUGCUUACCUUAUUUAUUUUAUGUUGCCUCCACCAAGGCUGAGGUGGCUUAUGGAACUGUUCAGUAACAUGAAAAUCUUGCUCUGAAAAAAACCCUAAACUAAAGGUACUUCAUUUAGAAGGCUCAUUCUUCUUAGAUUCUUGGUACAGGUGAUACUCAAAUAUCUCUCUUUUCAGAACACAGGUAAAUUUAUCUUAUUCUGGCAAUGGCCCUGAUAUGUUUGGCUUAGUGACAAGCAUCCUAGAGGAGCCAAACAAGCAAGAACCUGUUACAGGCUGGUAAGCUGAUGACUAUUUAUAUAAAUAUCUAUUUUAAGGUCGCCUAUAAGCUUCACGAAAACUGUUCUCUCCUUACCUUUGCUAACUCUUGAUCCUAAGCACAUUUAAGUCUUUAGCGGAAGGAAUUCAAGGGCAUAUCAAAACUUUAAGGGCUUGUCCACACUUCUGCUUGUUCUGUGGAUCCAAGAGGUUUUUCAUUUGUCCUGUGCUUUCAGAGCAUUUUUUUCAUUUCCCUGACACUUUCCCUGGGAAAACCUGCAGUUUACCACUGAAUCAGAAGAAAAAUCAAGCUAAAGGAAAAACGAUGGACGUACGUUUUGGUUCAACGAUCAGCAACGGGUUUUCCUAGGGGAAAGUGGCUAGACAAGCAGAAGUGUGAACAAGCCCUAAGUUUGCACAAACAAAAUGAAUUAAAGGCUUUGUUGACGUAGCUCAACCAAUCCACUUUGAAAAGGCCAGACUUUUGCUGUUUAUAAGGUGAUGGGAAACUGGUUUGAAAAGUAGAUUAAUAGAUGGUUAAUGGGAAGACAUGUAAACACCUUGCAAGCAAUCAGGAUGAAUGCUCUUUGUCAUAUAGCCUCACAGACAAAUCAGAACAAAUGCUCAAUGAAGCCCAGAUGUAGUCUAAAUUCUCUGUAAGUUGGGUGUGAGCAGAUCAGGAGGUUGGCACCCAUCUGUCUGAAGAGACCUCCCCUGGACACAAGCCUGGGCAGUGUGUAUGGAGGUCCUGGGCUGCCCAUAUGAUAAGACCCCCCUCUUGGCCUUGCUAAACAGGUUGUCUAGAGGAGUCCUUCAGAAUAUCAGAUUGAAUUCAAUAGCACUCAAGGAUGGCAGCCGAAGCCUUAUUUGGUCUAGACAAUUGUAGGAAAAGAAGCAGGUUGGACUUGUUUAAAUGGUUAUUUCUUUUGCUGUAGCAGUCUAAACUGGUAAAUAAAUACCUAUAUCCACCAGCAGAUGGCACUUAAAAUGCCAACAACUUCAGAACUAGGAGUGAGAUUCCUUCAGAGCUCAAAAAAGAAAAAAAAGAAUACUUUCACUGAUCACAUAGGGCAGCACUCUAUGGCCUGCUAUUCCUAAUAAAACAAUUAAUACCCUGUAGAAUAACAAAUAACAUUCCUGUAAAAUCAGCCUAUUUGGUCUGCUUCUAAGGGUCAGAGUUAGUUCUUAGCAACUACACACAACAGGGUUUUAAAAAUGUAAUAUAAGACACAGAGGGUAAUUUUAAUCAAUCUAGCUUGUGGGGAGUGGAGAUUUAACCCUUCCCUGUCCAGCCAUGAUUACAAAAAAAUAAUAAUCUUCUCCUGGUUCUGCAGUUAGCCUUAGUUGGCAGGAAAGGUCUCCUAGGUAAUCUAAGCAUAUAUACUCUGGAGGGUAGGACUCAAACCAAAGGCUUCAAGUUACAAGAAAGCAGAUUCCGUCUAAACAUCAGCAAGAACUUUCUGACAGUAAGAGCUGUUUGACAGUGGAAUGGUCUCCCUAUGGAGGUUGUGGACUCUCCUUCCUUGGAGGUUUUAAGCAGAGGUUGGGUGGCUAUCUGUCAUGGAUGCUUUAGUUGGGAUUCCUGCAUUGCAGGGGGUUGGACUAGAUGACCCUUUGGAUCUCUUCCAACUCUACAAUUCUAUAUCAGGCUAAGAUUGCUUCACCUCAUUCCCCAGAUCUUCUAUAUAGGUCAAGCUGUUCUGCUCUUUCACCAUAAUAAAACUCAUAAGAUGACAUUCAGCUCAGCAAAAGAGUAGAUUAAUGUUUAGUAGAUUAAUUUUAAUGUUUUCAGCAUAAAUGACAUGUUUUUCUGAAUUUAUGAAAACAAAGGUUGUUAGAGGAGGCAAAUGGGGUUCAGUCUCUGACAUUUCCAGUUGAAAAGGGAUCUCAACCAGUGGGCUGGAAAAUACCUCUUGCCUGUUAAAUGUAGAUAAUAUAGUGGCACGUGGUUCAUUGAUUUGAAUGUAUAAAGCAGCUUCAUCUGUUAUGUUGUAGAAACAAAAUGUCUUUAGCACUAAAUUGUUGGUUUGUUACAGGAAUUCUCUAUCAAGAUUAUUUCCACCUGUGUGGUCAUCAGACUUUGAAAAAACUGAAAACUUCUCAGGGCUUUUUCCUACAAAAUGCUUGGAAAAUGAAGAUCCUACAAACUUUGUUGGUACUCAAAAUAUUUAUGAAGAAAACUUGCAAAAGUCAUCUGUAGAAUUACUAAAGAAAGAACUUGAAGAUCUCCAUGUUAUAGGAUCCUGGCUUGUGACUUCUGAUCCUUGUAGUUGGUCACCUGAUGAGAUUUUGAAGAAUGCUGAUUCAGAAAACAAGGCUUUUAAGAGUAAUGGAAUCAAUCACCAAGGUGGACUUGCAUAUCAGAAUGUACCCAGUUAUAAAAAAAAUCAGUUAAACAGUGGAAAUGGGAAGAGCCAUACUGAUUUUAGCACUUUCUCAUCUCAUACUAGAAUAAAAGAUAGUGCGAAUACUCCUAAAGAACUCCAGAAAGCUGACCAUGCAAGAGGCAUGCUUGGGAAAAAUGACACAGAAGGAUCAAGCAAAUAUUUCACUCAAUUGUCUAAUUCUCCCGCUGAUGGAAUAUGGGAUCCAGUGAUCCAGCAGAAUAUAAGAUAUACAGGUUUCCCAGCUGCUUAUGACUCUCAACAGUUUAGUUGCUCAUCUCCAUACCUUCUCAGUCCACUUAAUAAAGAGAAUAGCUUUCCAGAAGGAAGGAAUGCAAAAUUGCAGGAAAACCACCCACAAAAUAAUCACAGUUGCAUCACUACAGAGGGGAACUUUGGCAAUACUGAAUGUAAAAUGUCCUUACAUCAUCAGAAAGCAUCCUGUAAUCACUUGCCUCUUAAGCCAGCACUACAGAAUAUGAAUUCAUCUUACAAUGGAUAUACAUGGCUGGAUAGUAAGAUACUAAAUCCGGUGGCUACAUCGUUUGCAACUUAUGGGAAGCAAAAGCAAAUGAGUUCUCAGUUGUCUUCAAGGUGUUUAACUCAGUCUGGUGGAUCUUCCACCAGUCAAUCUAUAGCCCAGCCUUCUUAUUCACAGGUGUCCCCAAUGUUGAACUCAAGAAAAGAUGGGAAACAUAUAUCUGCUAACAUUCCUAACAGCUCAGGGUUUUCAAACUUCAAUGAAAAUAGGAAGCAACCUAACCCUAUUGGACACACCCAGAAGGAUUCCUUAGCUACUAGAGAGGGAUACUGUGGUGAAGUACCCACGAAUGCUUCCUCCAGGUGGCUGUCACAAAAGCAUUCUGUAAAUGAGUCUGCGAAACACUAUAGUUUUCAUAAAAAGCAAAGCCAGUUCAGUACUGAUGAGAGAACUAGGCAGAAUGAGAGAAGACAUAAAAAUAAUUGGAUUCCACACCCAGGCUAUGCAAGCCCAAAUCAAACGCAGCCUGAUAUAUUGAGAAGAGCAGAAGAACAGAACGGCAGCAAUUUGUCUGAUUUCAUCAACCCUUCUUUCCUGCCUCUCUUCCCAUUAAUACCUGGUUAUAAACAUAUGCCUAAUUUUCCUCCAUUUAAUCCUCCCACGUUUUCAUCACCAGCUAAUAUUGCAUUUUCUCCAUUGCCAUUUCCGUUGUCUGAACUUGCUGACCUCCUUCACUAUGAGGACCUACCCUAUUUGAGUCCUUUCUUUAACGAACUCUUCUGUGGAGAUUUGCCUGCACAAUACUUUGCCUUUCCACCACCUCUUAACCACUAUAGACCUCCAAAGCAUCGCAGUGGAGCUGCAAAUGAGCUUCAUAGUCAUCUAGAAGAUUGUUAUGAACAGUGGAGAGCACUAGAGAGGGAACGGAAAAAGGUAAUGUAAUCUCUAGCAAGGUGAAACCUAGGGGAAGUUAAUAGUGACAUUAGCUUUUAUGUUAAUAGCAUUACUGGUAAGAUUGUGGAGAGGUAGGAAAACUUAAGACUGGGGACUAUAUCUAGCCUGACAAAUCUUUCUCCAAGUUUGGAUAACAUAAUCUGCAUGGCUUCUUCGUUAUCCUCAGUUUCCAGGAGGACUGGGGCAAGACUGAAAUUGCCAAGAAUGAUUCAACUGCAUAGUGCCUGUUGUUCACUGCCUGAGUGUUUUUUGUCUGUAGGCUUUUGUGGGUUGACGGUAGGAAACUGGGGAGCAUUUUUACUUUUUCUCUUGCCAGCUACAAACGGGUGGAGAGGAUGGGAAAGAGCAAUAGAGAGGAACAUAUUCCAUUAAUUCUAUAGCUUUCUCUUCAGGCAGAGGCAGAUCUGGCCAGAAACUUCCCAGGGAAGCAGGUAUCCAGCUCAAAUAACGCUCCCUUCUCCCGGCUUCCUGACAAGCCUUCCCGAGUGGAUCGUCUGAUUGUGGACCAAUUCCGAGAGCAGGCGAGAGUAAGCACAUUCACCCAAGAUCUGGUUGAUGCUUUGCUUUGUCACGUUUUUGAGAAAUUAUGUUAGCCCAGUCUGAGGUGGGCAGCAGUCUUCCAGAGGAAGAAAAACUAUGAUGGCCUUUAGAAGGGGUUGGAAAGACUCAUCUUAAAUAGGAGUUUGGGAACUGUUGGGGUUCUGGUUUAAAGUGGCUGUUUUGUGUCUUGUGUGUUCCUUCAAGCUUAGGCAAGGUAGGAUAGAAAUAUAAAUGAAUGUACAAUACAAAUGAGGAUGGCUGGAUGCUUGAACCCUGAAGGGCCACUUCACUGUUUUCCUUGCUUCCUCUGCUUUCCCUGCCUGCCUGUCAGUAAUUUCCUGACAUAGUUUUAUGUUUCUCAUGCUGCAAUGAGGAGUGUCGCUUCUAUUCAUGGCUGAAUUUCUUUUAACUGCUUCUCCUCCAAAAUAUUUUCUACUAAAUUUAGAUUAGCUGUGUUCUCACAUUCAGCGUGAAGUGCCUAGCUGUUGUCACGUGAUUUUGGCCAGCUGAUUGUUUUUAAGUAUUAAAAACCCUAAUGAAGCAUUUUUCUUUUUUAGGUACACACUUUAGUUGGGAAAAUGGAACGGCUUUGUGGGAAUCCUGUCCAUGGUAACAUAUCUGCCACUUUGAGAUGUCAUUUGGAAGCCAUCUGUGCUACCCGAGCAAGACGCAAGGAUGAGAUUGUUAACGCUGCUAAUCAUCAGAGGCAAGGAGUAUCUCGUUACAACAAUGAAAAAGGCAAGUAAUUGCUUUGUGGCACCUGCAAAACGGACUUUUGUAUUAAUGUUACCAUUCAGAGAGCAAAAUCUUAAUACAGGUUUAGGUUAAAUCUGCAUUCUGAAGUGAAAAGCCUACUCUGUUUUAUGUAAUGAUCACAUGGUUACAGCAGGCAUUAGGGGGCAGAGUCAUAGUUCACUGGUGGAGCCGCUGUUUUGCAUGCGGAAGAUCCCAAGAUCAGUCCUCAGCAUCUCCAGGUAUGACUGGAAAUGUCAUCUGUCUGAAACCCUUGAGAGCUGCUGCCCGUCAGAGUAGACAGUACUAAGCUGCAACAGUGGCCUGGCUCUGUAUAAGACUUUCUAUGUUCCUGUUAUGUUAGAGUGGACAUUUCCCCACCCAUCCCACUGCCUCCUACAAGAGGCCUCAAAGCCCUGUGCCAGGUGGUUAGAUCUAGGACAGGGGCCAGCAAACUUUUUCAGCAGGGGGCCGGUCCACUGUCCCUCAGACCUUGUGGGGGGCCAGGCUAUAUUUUGGAAAAAAACACACAAACGAAUUCCUUUGCCCCACAAAUAACCCAGAGAUGCAUUUUAAAUAAAAGGACACAUUCUACUCAUGUAAAAACACGCUGAUUCCCGGACCGUCCGCGGGCCGGAUUUAGAAGGCAGUUGGGCCAGAUCCGGCCCCCGGGCCUUAGGUUGCCUACCCAUGAUCUAGGAUAAUUCCUUUUUAGGGUUAGUGGUAGGAUCAUAGGAUUGUAGAGUUGGAAGGGACCCCAAGGGUCAUCUAAGUCCAACUCGCUGCAAGCAGGAAUACAUUUUGUUGCAGUUCCUUCUUUUCUAAUAUAAUUUGUUUCGUCUCAUAAUGUUGCAAUAUUCUGCCUCUUCUUGCUUGUGGUGGUUGGCCAAAGAGAAAACAUGUAACAUCAUGAUAGAGUACAAGGAAAGUUGCUGAAGUGGCAACUUUCCAAUUUGAGAGGCUGCUGCAUGCUUACUAUCAGGUUUAGUUGGUUGGGUGCAAAGUGUCUGGAUUUAUGUUUUGUAUUUGUAAUAUAUUUUAGUACAGCACUCAUAUCUGGAGUUUCAUCAGAGUCUUCUUCUCAGUCAACAAAAAUCCUGAAGAAGGUCUUUCUAGAACUGAGACACAGAUUACCGCAUAGCUCCUUGCUUUAUGACAUGUAAAUGCCAAUAUUGUGAUUAGACAUGUCAUAUUUAUUAUCCCAUAGUUCUUUGCUCUUCUUAAAAUUAUCAGGAUGCAUGAGAAAAGGAGGUUGCUCCAGAGAGGCAUUUUGUUUUUGUUUACAAGAGAUCCUGAGUCAAAACUUGUGACAGGUGUGUUCAAAUAGCAAGUAGAAAACGAGUGGUUCAUUCUGUUAUAGAAUUGUAAAACUUCAGUGUUAUUUUAUGUCCAAGCAUUAAAUAUUCAAGGAAGACUCAGUAACUGAGGUCUCAAUCCUGCUGAUGGAAGUGUUGAUGCUGAAUGCAAAAGUAAAGCAGAGGGGAACUUCCGGCCCAAAGGCCUAAUUAAACCUGAAAGGGGGUCUAAUUUGGCCUGCAACUGUUUUUCCCAAAUCCCCGCUCAGGUAUGAGGCAGCUAAAGGCAAGGCUGCAACCCCUGAUUGUUCAUUGGCAAGUGGGGCUUGUAAUUCACUGCUUUUUAAAUUUGAUGCCAAAUUCAAACCUCACUGAGGUUGUUUCCAUGCAGGAGCUUCCAAUUGAAGCCAAUCCCUGCUUGGAUUGGCCAGGAUCAUUUUUUUGCAGCAUAGUUUAGAUUCAGCUGCCAGGAUGAAAGGUUUCCUCAGCCCUGCAGCAGAAUCUUGAAAUGUUCAUUUGUAGUGUUGCUUACAACACAGUCUCCUGCAGAAACAUGCGCCUUAAGUCCUAUGCCCUAAAUGCAUGAAAAUAUCACUAACUGACUGUUUGUGCAUCUAUUUAAUGAUGUGAUAUGGAUUUGGAAAGUCCUUAAUGCAUACUUUUGGCAGUGAAAUACUUCACCGCACUCUUGUCAGCUAAAUACAUUCUUAUUUAGACAAGCCUACCCAGAUGCGUAGGAAAUUGGGGUAAUUUUAAUCUGUUUUAGCAUUUUAACUUUCAUAUGUUUAAAGUACUGUUGCAAUUCUUUCUUGAUUUUCUUGUUUUAUCUUUUUGUAAACCACUUUGAGGUUUGUUGGUUUUUUUACCAUCAAGCAAUAUAAAUUUUAUGAAAUAAAAAUAAAUAAAAUAUUCACAUCCGAAGACUGGUUCUUUGAAAACGUUAGGAGACUCUAUAGUACAGUAUUGGGGAGAAACAUCCCUCUUGAAAUUGUAAAUGAUGCUAUGCUGGUUUUGUUACAGAUGUCCUUGCUCUGGCGGUUGCCAUUAAAGAUUUGGCUUUCUUCACACGAAAAACACGUACAGCUUUAUGGUGUGCUCUUCAGAUGACCCUGUCGAAAACUUCAGUGAGCACGCCAGCAAAAAAAGAAGAAGUGGAAAGGGCCUUACAAGAGCUCUGUCCUGUCAUUGGCAGCUUGCAAGUGAAGGACAUCGUGGAGCAUGAAGACAAAGAAAACAAGAGAGAGAACCUGCCCCAACAGGUCAUACAGUGAAAGCUUCCAAGCAGAUAUUGCAGCAGUGUAGAAAAUGCGCCAGGCUGCCAGCAAGUCUAGUGGAUCUGUGCCGCGUUUCCACUGCUGAGAUUCAAGCCUAGAUAACAUGCAUUUCUGUAGUAGUAUUGCAGCAGUCUUAAUAUUGGUGGUAUAUGUCUAGGGUGUAAAAUAGAAAGGGUCAACUUAAGUGGAGACAAGCAAUAGUAGUUCAUAUUCUUGGCCACCAAUCCAAAGCUGUAACUCAAGCCAUUAACUAGGAAACUAGUAAGUGGCGGAGCUAAUUGUGAUACCAAUCAAACACAUAGUGCCACUUCAUUCCUUGGUUUUGUAAUGCUAAUAUUUUAAGUGCCAAAGUCAUUACUGAAUACUGUUUGUUUCACACUGAUAAUUAAUAAUGCACAUUUAUUGUGGUACUGUCAGGAGCUGAGGAAGAAAUUGUCAAUGGUCUGGCUCAUAGUAGUUACAUUAAAUCAGCAGCUCACGUUAGUUGCAUUAAUCUGAAAGGAGUGUUGGAAGGUGUAUUAGCAACAGGUGUCAAGCUGCUCUAAUCAAAACUUCAGCUUCCAUAAGUGUGGUAGAACAACAGAAUCUGUUGAUUCUGAAAGAAAAUCAAAAGGAGUUAUAAAUGUGUAGCAUUAAGUAUUGCAUUAUAGUGAGCAUUAGCCAGUGAGAUUAAAUUGUUUAGAUUUAGAAAUGGAAUAUAUUGAUGCCUUAGUGGCUUAAAACUACUAUUUAACUUGUUAUGCACUUAAUGAACAUAUGGCUAUUAAUGAUUUGAGUAUUUAUUUUAAUGGUUAAUAUAUUAUUUUUAUUUUAUUUUAAUAUAUGUUUUGAUCUAUUGCAAGACCUAAUAAUCAGGCUUAUGUUUGCUCAGGGUCUGUAUGUGUGUGUGUGUAUAUAUAUAUAACCUAUAAAUAUACACAUUAUAUAAUGUUUGUAGAGAUGGGAUGUUUGUAGGAAUAGCUAUAUAAAACUAAUCUGUACUAGGUUACCAAAGCUGGCUGGUUUAUUUUUAGCAUGAGGAAAUUUUGUAUGUUUAAUCACCAUCAUUAUUAGGCUUCAUACUGUGUCUUGGACAAUCAAAUAUAUUAUAUGGCCAUUGUGAAUGUAUAAGGCAAGAACUGGAACAGAUGAGGCACCAGUCCAAAAGUUUCACUGUAAUGUUGGGGACAGCUUCAUACAAAUAAUGGGGUAAGGGGUGCACACACAUAAAUUGGUCCCUGACAAAUUGGGCGAGAGGAGACCCUAGUCCAUAUAGGAAGUGGUGUGUAUGUUCCUGAGCUUCAGUGUGUGACAGGAAUCUCUGGAUUGGGCCGUUAAUGUUUGGGUUCUUAUCACUUAGGAGUAUUAAUGUUUUAACAAUCUUGUAAAAAGUGAGAAUACCUCUGUGUACUGAUAAACAAGUAAUGUGUGUGUGUGUUUUAUACGUCCGUGGCAAAUUCUGGAGAACAGUUGUCUCAGUUCAAAGAACCAUUUUGGAAAUGUGAGGGAUCCUGGUAGAAGAAACCAAGUUUGAAUGCUUGGAACGGAUUUUACUUGCUUACUAAGUUGUUAAAUUGGAUACUGCUCCCGGAAGCAUAAUUAAUGGAUUUGUCAUAAACGUACUUAAUCUCUCUCCCCAUACCCCAGGCCCAGCUUUGAGCCCUAUUGUGUACAGGUAAUGAAGAAGUUCUACCUCUGGCCUGUCUAGGUCAAACUCUGCCCCCUCCCAGCCAUUUCCUGAUUAGCUGAGAAGGGAGCAGAGACAGGCAGCACUAGGCAGCCACCUAUAGCUGUGGUGACAAUGCGUAGCACGACCUUCACCCAGUCUCCCUCCCACCAAAUGCUGGCACAAAAGGAGCAGUAAAGCAAAUAGGAGCCUGGCUUUGUGAAUGUUUAGAGUAAAUGUAAUAAUGAGUAAAAGGACUGUAAGGUGUGUGCAGCAGGAACUUGCAGAUACCUCAUUCUCUCCCUCUUCAUUUUAAAAAACAAAGGAAUCAUUGAAAGGCAUAAUAAUCAGAGUGCCAUUUCCUUCAUUUGGUAUUUUCAGCCUUUGUAUUGGUUAAUGCUGAGAAAUUAUGCUUUGUGCAUUUUGCACUAAAUGUCAUGAGGUCAUAUAUGCUUUGUGGAUUAGAAUUAGUCUACAGUGUGAGGAGUUGAUCAUAUUUAACUCUUACCAAUCUUACUGUGUUUAGAAACAGUGGCUUGGUAGUCUUUACUUUUUUUCUGUUGACCAAAUCAUGGUACUUCUCCAGGACUGCUUUGUAGUAAUGGGUGUAUUAGACACUCCGAGUUAUUAAUUUGUGAAAACUGUUUAUAACUGUGGUUAUAAUUGGUGGUUAUAAGUAAUGUGCCUUUCAAAGUCUUAAAAGAUAAAAUAUAACUGUGUACUCACUUUUUGUUGCAACCAAGCAAUAUAUUUAAAGGGAUUAUAAUAAGCUGCAUUUGAUAGCUGUAGUUUACAGUAUGAAUGUUUCAUAAUCAGUUUCUAGCAUUGGUUUCCCUAGCUUUAGAAUAUAUAAAACGUGCCUGUUUUAGUUAUAUUGCCUAUGAAGGCAUCCAUUCUCAUUUAAUUUUCUUUUGUGCUGGCUUUUUUUUUUUUAGUAGAAAAUGGCUAAACAUAUGCCCCCCAAAAGAUAAAAUUAAAUUUAAUGCAUGUGAAGUGAAUUUCAGUUUUCUGCUUUGGAACUGGGGGGGGGGGGGGAGUUCUAUUGCACUUGCGUUGAUUUGUGCAGGAUGUUUUUCUAGCAGUAUUAAGUUCAGCUGGCUGAUGGUCACAUGGUACUAAUGCCACAUAGGGCAUGCACUUGUAGAAUCAAUACAUGGGCUCUUCACAUGGAGAAUGGAGAUACAGAACAGUUGCAUUGCUUUUAAUUCUGAACUUCACCUAUAUACGUUAAGCUGGAAGAUAAGGCAUGCUCAGAACCAAUGCAGUUCUUUCCCCCUCUGACUCAUGUCAAUAUGUGCCAAUGCUCCAAAUAAAGCACACUGUGAUGUCCCAGCUAACAGCUCCUGCUGAACUUGCCCUGUGAGCACUCUGAUAUCAGGUGUGUUAAAUUAUUAUGCAGCUUAGAUAUGCAAAAUUUAGAGGUUCCUAAUCUAAAAUGCAUCUAAGAGAUUUGUCUGAAAGUGUGUGCAUGUGUGUGCGUUGCAAACUUUUUUGUGAAGAUGAGUUCUAUUGUUUUCUUAUGCUGGGAUGUUGGAAACUGAGAAGAGUAGCAAAGACUGGAGGAACCUUAUAGUAACCAGAUGACCAUAAAGCUAAAUGUGAAUCUAGUUUGCUUUAUUAUUUGGCAUUUUGUUUAUGUAGGGCUUGUUUAUUUGUAGACAAAAUGCUACUAGAAUGUUGCAACAUUUAGCCUUAGGAUGAGAUACAAAGUGAGUAGUGCAUUAAUGGCUUGGCUCCAGAGGAGCCCUUCUGCAAAGUGAAAUUCAACAGCGGGAAGGUGAUUUCCUUCCAUCCCCUCUGCUCCCACCCUAGCUGCUCCAAAGGAUCGCCCAACUCUGCAGAUCCUUUAUAGCAGGAAAGUGUUUAAUUCUGUAAACAGAAGACCACUGACCAAUAUCUAGAUCCAUUUCCCCUUUUUAAAAACACACACCCUGAUCUUCUGUUACCUAAAGCUACAGAAUUCACCAGGCAAAGGUUGCUUUGAAUGUACCCAGAAGCACUUGUGCUUUUCGUUCCUCCUCUUUGGAGCAACACUCUCAACGCCUUGUUGUGAACUAGUUUAAAAAUUCACAGUCUCCCACGGGGCUGCUGCUUUGAACAAAGCUCUACCGAACAUAUGGAAUACUUUGCAUUCUUCUCUGAACUUUGGCUAUAAUAAUACCUACAGUGGACAAAACUUGCGGCCUAUUAGACAACAUUAUUUUGGUUUUAAUGGUUCUUGUUGACCAUUGUUUUAGUUACCUAUUUUUAUGUUUGAUUGUGUUUGGUUUUCCUUUAAUGUUUUGCACCAAUAAAUGCUAGAAACAGGAUUAUCUGUAAAAAAAUAAUAAUGCACCUUUAGAAUGAGGAAAACAGACUGCUUUCAUUUAAGCCUAAAUAUUCUACUGUAGACACCUAGUCAGCCUGCAAAUUUACAAGUUUUUGAGAAUUGUGUGUGUGUGUGUGUGUUUUUACUCGCCUGUCUGGAAACCCGGCUUGAAAUUGUACCCUGCAUGGUUUUAUGGGUCUUAAUCACCAGCACACUUAAACUUUUGGUAAACAUUUAUAUAAAAUUACGAAAAUGAAUAGUUGUCCUUGUAAGUGCUUUUACAACAGAAUUUCGUAGCAUCUUGUAAGUAAUUUUAAAAGUCAAAUUUUUUUUGUUCUAGGUUUCAUUUUUUAAAAGAAAAAUGUGGUUGGGUUUUUUUUGUUAAACUUAAUAGCAAUACUACAGUUUUGAGCGGAAAAAAAGUGUUAAGUUACUUAUUCAGGUUUAGCUGAAUAGGACAGCUUUAGCUGGUUGGUGAGAAACAUUUAACAAAACUGCAACAAUUAGUAAUAUAUCUUGCCUGCUUUGCCAAAUAAACUAUAAAUUAUUGUACUUGUUGGCAAAAUUGAUAAGAAAAAGAGAUGGCUGUAUACUGGGCAGGAGGUCAGCUCAAAACAAGUGAGUACAGAAUGUCUGUGGUGUGCAGAAACAUGAGCCUUUUCUUUCAGAUGAGACCAUUUCCAGUGCAUUUUGGAAGAGAAGCUUAAAUUUGUUUUUAUUAUAGAUAAUGUGAAGACAUACUAUUUUACUAUGCUGUUUAAUACCUUGUGCAACUUCAGCCAAUCUUGUUGAAUGGUAAAAAUGUGUACACGUUGCUUACAUAAUUGAAAAAACUAUUGUGAUUUGAUCGAUUGGCUAGUUUGAACUGAAACAUGUUGACAGAGAGGUCAGUUGCUGUAAGAUACUUUACCGCUGGUCAGUUCAGGUGCUGAUUCAUUGUAUCUGGAAACAAUUGUGGGUCUGAAACCUGCAAAAAUCUCACUUCUACCUCUCUUGUAACUUUCUGGAUGAUGGUGACGAUGGUGAUGAUGAUGAUUGUUCUACACUGACCUGUGGUAUUACUUUAAGUGAAAUGGGAUGCCAUGUAGCUAUGGCUAAAUCAUCACUUGUGUGAAGUCACUUAACAUUUGUUCACUUGUCCAUUAUAUUAAGAAAAUGGUAUGCUUGUAGAAAGGCACAAAAAGUUGUGAUGUCUUGAAAAAGGUUUGUUAAGAGUUUUGGUGAAUCCUAUAAAAAUCAUGGCGAGUGAUUUGUUCUAGCAUUGUUUUUAUAUAUAAUGUUAACUUGGUAUGAGCUUGAUUGCUACAAGUAUUCAGUUCUAUCUACGUUUCAUUAUCUGCUGCUGGUUCCCAUAUAAGAUAUACUAUUUUCUUUUUUUGUAAUUUUCACUCAGUGCUUAUUAUGUGUGCUGGCUAACACUUAAACAAUUAAAGUAUUUAAUAUUU